AUGAACACUUGUAUUUUCAGUUCUUAUAUGAACAAAAGAGCUGCUCGAGGUGAAGCGUAUGAGCCGACACGUUAUGAACAUGUCGCAAAUAUCCUUUCUCAUGGAGUAGCAAUACUUCCGAGUAUAUAUGGAACACAGUGCUUAAUUGCUGCGUCACGUCGUGAGUCAGAGCGAAACGUGUCCAUAAUUUACUGCUUUUUUAUUACGGUGCUUUUCACUACAUCAACAGCUUAUCAUACAUGUGAACUUCUUUUUCGUCCGGACAAGAAGAAAUUUCGUUAUUACCUUCAUAUAAUUGAUCGUGCCGCCAUCUAUUUUUUUAUUGCUGCUUCCUACAUGCCAUGGUUUACGUUGAGGCAGUAUGAAUCUCCAGGAAAUAAUUUCAAAUGGCUUGUUUGGUUGUUUGCCUUUUUGGGUACCAUCUAUCAGUAUAUUUUUCACGAAAGAUUCAAAACGAUCGAGACUUUAUUGUAUAUUUCUUUUGCUGUCGUACCUUUUAGUGCUAUAUACAGUAUGUGCGACCUUAGUGAUCUAACGUUAAUGCUAGCUGGUGGUAUUGUUUACACGAUAGGCGUUAUUUUUUUUAAAUCAGACGGCAUCAUACCUUUUGCGCAUACACUUUGGCAUCUUCAUGUUGUUGUUGGUGCAGCAUUACAUUGGUAUGCCGUCUAUAGCACACUUCUUGGACCAAAUAAUUAA